AUGACGCCGACCCCGCUACGAGGAGCCCACGCUUCUGUACCCGACGCUCUUGAAUGCUACCCCACGCCACCGUCAGGCCACCCCACGCCACCGAUCAGGCCACCCCACGCCAUCCUCAGGUUACCCUACGCCACCGUCAGGCUACCCCUACGCCGUCAGGCUGCCCCAUGCCACCCCCAGGCUGCUCACGCCACCGUCAGGCCACCCUACGCCACCGUCCCACCGUCAGAAUUCCACCCCACGCCACCGUCAGGCCAGCACCCACGCCACCGUCAGGCCACCCACGCCACCGUCAGGCCACCCCACGCCACCGUCAGGCCACCCCACGCCACCGUCAGGCCACCCCACGCCACCGUCAGGCCGCCCUACGCCACCGUCAGGCCACCGCCAGGCCACCCACGCCACCGUCAGGCCACCCCACGCCACCGUCAGGCCACCCCACGCCACCGUCAGGCCACCCCACGCCACCGUCAGGCCAACUAUCGCCACCGUCAGGCUGCCCCACCGUCAGGCCACCCACGCCACCGUCAGGCCACCCACGCCACCGUCGGCUGCUACGCCACCGUCAGGCUGCCCCACACCGUCAGGCUGCCCCACGCCACCAAUGCCGCCGCCACUCCUACCCCCCCCCAAGCCUAG